AUGAUCAAGUCGACACUGAUCUUCAGGGAAGAUGGAUUACCGUUUUGCUCCUCAGUUGAUGACGAUACCGAUCCCGGCCUAGCGGACCAAAAGAAGAAGGUCAAAGUGCUAGUAUCACGAUUCACCCCAACUUCAGCGAAUGAGGCGACAAUUGAAUCAGGUGCGUAUGAAAUACAUUAUAUUCGGCACCAAACGGUAGUUUAUCUGGUAAUUGUUGAACAGGGCUGUCCUCGUAAUCUGGCAUUUGCAUAUCUAAGCGAUAUCCGCCAGGAAUUUGAACAUAACUAUGGUCACGAAUACCUCAAGGCCGACGUGAGACCUUACGCGUUCGUUUCCUUUGAUAACUUUCUAGAGAAGACAAAGAAACUCUACAACGAUAAACGUGUGCAAGGAAGUUUAGACCAGCUGAACAAUGAUCUUCGUGGAGUACGGGAGAUCAUGACAAAGAACAUCGAGGACCUACUAUACAGAGGAGACUCUCUGGACCGUAUGAGUGAUUUAAGCGCAACGUUACGUGCGGAUUCUCGCAAGUACCGCCAGAGCGCUCGCCAAAUUAAUUGGGACCUGAUGCUAUCACAAUAUGGGCCAAUAGUACUGAUAGCUCUACUUGUGGUUGGUGCGAUAUGGUGGAUGUUCUUACGUUAG